UUAUAAUCGAUAUUUACUCUAUGAUCAAUAAUGUAAACGAACUAUCGAUUCAUUGAUCUAUGAUCUAUUCAAUUAUCUAUUACUUUUGUAAAAGAUGGCGAGUCGCUAAUAAAAUUUCGAACAAGUAACAGCGUUUCUCUUCUCAAGAUCCAACAUAACCACAUCCAACCAACAUAGUGGCCUCAUCGAGCCGAAUAUUCAGCGUUUUAUUCAAAAUUAGAAAAAUUGGUAGAAAAUAUGGAUAACGUAGAACAAUUAUUAACAGUGCUCCAAGACAUACGCCAACACAUUACCCGAAUUUACGAGAACUUCAAGAAGACUCCAAAAAGUCGUCUGACCGAAGGAUAUGUUGAAACCAAAAUGUCGAUCUUACAAGAAUACUGGGUCGCCUUCACAAAUAAUCAUAACAGCUUAAUAAGGAUAGUAACGAAAGAACAAAGAAAAUCAUUGGAGUAUUUCAAGAACGAAGUAUUCGUCGACUGCGAAGAGACCUACAUUCAAGGUAAAGCAGCUAUGAAAGAUUUUCUUCAGCCAGCACAUCCCCAAAGCAGCAGCAUACCAGCUAUCGGCAGCCCACUAAGUAUGAAGCAGCAGGUAAAAUUACCAAAUAUAGAAGUACCCACAUUCGCCGGUAAUUAUGAAGACUGGCCAACAUUCCAAGACCUUUUUAUCUCCCUCAUUCACAAGAACGAUGGAAUUAGUAAAGUACAAAAACUACAAUAUUUAAAAUUGAGUGUCAGCGGGGAAGCAGAAUAUUUACUUAAACAUAUACAAGUAACGGAGGACAACUACGAUCAAGCCUGGGAGGUGUUGAGGCAGCGAUAUAACAAUAAACGUCUCAUUGUAACAUCUAUUUUAAGGAAAUUAUUUAACCAGAAAAAGUUGCAGAGUCCAUCGGACAUCCUGUCAAAUAUUGUCGAUCAUCUAGCACUUGCAGGAUUUGUCACAAACGGCAUCACACGCUUCUUCAUCAUUCACCCACAGCGAGUACCCAAGGCAACUUACUUCAAGAAUACCAAACACAACAUUGCAAUACAGCGACUGGCCCCACAUACAAGGACUUGAGUUAGCCGAUCCAAGUUUCAAUAUUUCAAGAUCUGUAGACCUACUGUUGGGAGUAGAUGUAUAUUCACAAAUAAUACUGAGUGAGGUUAUAAGAGGCCCACCGGGAACACCAUGUGCUCAAAACACCACAUUAGGUUAUAUAAUUUUUGGAACAAUAGAUGAUAGCUUACAAUCAACCCAAGAAAAUAUUAUAGUUAUGCAUCAAAUUACAAACCUAGAUGAUAUGUUAAAAUCACUAUGGGAAAUAGAUACAACUUCUAAAAGAAAAUUAACGCAAGAUGAACAAAUUUGUGAAGAAUUAUUUCAGAAUACAACAUCAAGAAGUAGCAAUGGCAGAUACAUUGUACAAUUACCUUUCAAAACAGACAAGCCUAAAUCCAUGGAAGGAAAUAGUCGAGAGAUAGCAUUGAGAAGAUUCAAACAAUUAGAAAGCAAAUUAGAAAAGUCACCAGGUCUUAAACAAAAAUAUAAUAAAGUUGCUCCAGUGAAAACAAUAUCCCUACCUCGUCUCGAGUUAUGUGGUGCAGUCCUACUAUCAAAAUUAUUACACCAUGUAACCAAUGCAAUGAGAAUACCAUCAAAUCAAGUUUAUGCAUGGACAGACUCUUCAGUUGUGUUAGCAUGGCUGCGAGGAGAACCAAACAGAUGGAAACCAUUUGUCGCUAAUCGAGUAGUGGAGAUAUUGGACAACAUCAACAACAGUCAAUGGUAUCAUGUUAAGUCUCAGGCGAACCCGGCAGAUGUUGCCUCAAGAGGUUGCAGUGUCGAUGAACUUCAAAACGAUACUUUAUGGUGGAAUGGCCCUUCAUGGCUUCUACAAAAGACAAUAACAUUUU